AAUAUUCCGGUCCUUCUCAAAUAUGGGAAACCAGAGUGCCGUGUGAAAAACCUUGUUCCUCACGUUUUCCGAUGUAUUGAUUUUCUAUAUAGCCUUCCCGCUGCUUGCUUUUUGUAUCGCGAAAAGAAAGCAGCCUUGUAUAUCUUCAACCCUAACGAAGUAAAUAUUUUUGUUUGGAAGGUCGAUUUUAGCCUUUGACAAUGGGUUCUACUGGAAAGAUCAAGAUCGGCAUCAAUGGGUUUGGGCGAAUUGGAAGAUUGGUAGCCCGUGUGGCUCUGCAGCGCGAUGAUAUCGAGCUCGUUGCAGUGAACGAUCCUUUCAUUUCAACCGAGUACAUGACCUAUAUGUUCAAAUAUGACAGUGUCCAUGGCCAGUGGAAGAAACAUGAAGUCAAGGUCAAGGAUGAAAAAACUCUACUUUUUGGUGAGACACAAGUAGCUGUAUUUAAUUGCAGAAAUCCGGAAGAAAUUCCCUGGGGUGAGGUUGGUGCAGAGUAUGUGGUUGAAUCAACAGGAGUCUUUACUGAUAAAGAGAAAGCAGCUGCACACUUGAAGGCAGGUGCUAAAAAGGUAGUCAUCUCAGCUCCUAGCAAAGAUGCCCCUAUGUUUGUUAUUGGGGUUAAUGAGCACGAGUACAAAUCUGAUUUGAACAUCGUUUCAAAUGCCAGUUGUACCACCAACUGCCUGGCUCCUUUAGCUAAGGUGAUCAAUGAUAAAUUUGGCAUUGUUGAAGGUCUCAUGACAACAGUACACUCCAUCACAGCAACACAGAAAACAGUUGAUGGACCAUCAAACAAGGACUGGCGAGGUGGCCGAGGUGCUGGAUUCAACAUUAUUCCUAGUAGCACUGGAGCAGCUAAGGCUGUCGGAAAGGUUUUACCAGCUUUGAAUGGAAAGCUGACUGGAAUGUCCUUCCGAGUGCCCACACCAGAUGUAUCAGUUGUGGAUUUGACUGUCAGACUUGAGAAGCCUGCCACUUAUGGGGAGAUAAAGGCUGCCAUCAAGGCGGAAUCUGAAGGAAAAUUGAAAGGAAUUCUUGGUUACACAGAGGAUGAUGUUGUAUCUACAGAUUUCAUUGGAGACAGCCGAUCAAGCAUAUUUGAUGCCAAGGCAGGAAUAGCAUUGAGUGACAAUUUUGUGAAACUGGUGUCAUGGUAUGACAAUGAAUGGGGCUACAGUUCACGAGUCAUAGAUUUGAUCGUGCACAUGGCUUCAACUGCAUGAUUAUGGAAUAUACGGUUCCUUGACUAUGCAACGGACAGAAUUAUAAUUUAGUUACUCUGCUCUCUUCUUUUGGUCCAGGAUGAGAAUCAACAUAUUCUGAAUAAACUCAUAGGUCAUCUAAGCUGAAGCUUUUGGUAGAUUUUUGUCUAUCUGUCUCUCUACCUUAGGAAUAAAUCGAAUUCUGUUAAUAGAGAGUAUUCCAAUUUAUAAUAUUGUACUGGUUAUUGUUAAAUUUAUUAUCCUUGCCUGUAAAAAGGAAAGUAAAAGAGUUCUGUUACUCUCCUAUCAGAAAUAAAUGAUAUUUUUUUUUAUAACAAAGGCUAGCACAUUCUGAGAA